UAUUAUUUUGCACUUAAACCCCACCUCCUCCCACUACUAGAACUCAACCCAAAUACACACUAAAAACCAAAAAUCUAAAAGUAGAAAAAUAUUGAUAUGUUGAAUUAUCAAAGACCUAGUGCCAUAGCAAGUAGUAGCAGAGAAAGUCUUCUUGUUCAAGAACAUAAUAAUCAUGAUCAAGAUCAUCAAGAAGAAGAACAAAUCAGAGACAUCUAUGCUCUGACCCCACCAAGGCCUCCAUCAACAAAUCGUGGCCGUCAAAGAGAAACUUGGGAAACUAAUAGCCAUAGAUCAUCUACAAAUUUAUCAACAGCCAGUACAGAAAUAGCAUCAAGUGAGAAUUUCUCAACCAUGAGUAGAGAAUUCAAUGCCUUAGUUCUUGCAGGAUCUUCAAUAAGCAACAACCAUGGUAGCGAAAACGACAGCAACAACAAUAAUAAUAACAAUAGCAAUAUUUUGGGAAGAAUUGGUGAAGAUGAUUAUGAAACAAUAGAGGAAACAAAUCCUUUAGCUAUUGUUCCAGAUAAUUAUAGUAACCCUUUGAGUUUGGACACUAUUAAUAAUCCUUCUUCUAGAGAUCAUGUGGUUAGUAAUUCUAUGAGUGGAAUUAACCAUGGAGAAAUUACUGUUCAAAGGGUGAAAAAAGAAGAGGUUGAAUCAAAGAUUAAUGCAUGGCAAAAUGCUAAAAUUUCAAAGAUUAAUAACAGAUUUAAGCGUGAAGAUGCUGUUAUUAUUGGCUGGGAAAGUGAAGAGGUUCAAAAAGCUACUUCUUGGAUGAAGAAAGUUGAGAGGAAGCUGGAGGAGAAGAGAGCAAAAGCUCUUGAGAAGAUGCAGAAUGAUAUAGCAAAAGCAAGGAGAAAGGCAGAGGAAAGAAGGGCAUCUGCUGAAGCAAAGAGAGGAACAAAAGUUGCUAAAGUUCUUGAAAUUUGCAACUUGAUGAGAGCUGUUGGCAGAGCUCCCGCUAAGCGUUCCUUCUUUUAAUUCAUGGAAUUAGUUUUUGUUAGUAUUAGAAAACCAGUUUGUAAAAUAUAUUUUUUGGAAUUUAAUUAAUACUGUAAUAUGUUAGUCUAUAGGGAUCCCUUCUCUUUUUUGAAACGAUAGGGUAUCCCUAUUGACAUAAAAUAGUAGUAUUAGAUGCAAGACUUUCCAAAAAAAGAAAAAGAAAAAAGAAGUUGUGUUUGCUUGAAAUAUCGCAUUGAGCAAGAUGAAGUCAUGCUAAAUCCUUCCUCUUGAGUGUAUUAGAAUAUAAUGAGAAUUUUGAGUGAUUUGUACAGAUUUUUGGAAGUUACAUGUAUUUUAAUGAGCUUAAUUAAGAAGA